CAUCCCAAGAUCAUCCUCCACGGACUAACACCUGUGGGUGACACCGACAAGACAUGUUCUUCCUUCCUGGACUCAUUGCUCUAAUUAGCUUCGAGCAUGCCUUUGCUCAAAGUUGUGGUGCUACACGGUAUGGAAAUGCCAGUGAAAGAAUUGUAGGUGGACGAUUGGCAAACCGUGGUGAAUUUCCAUGGCAGGUUUCUCUGGAAUUAAAUCACCCUCAGAAAGGUAAUAUUCCGCAUUUCUGCGGAGGGGUCCUGAUCGAUAAGCAAUGGCUUCUCACCGCCGCACAUUGUGUGAUGAAUCCACAGUUCGCCUUGCCACACCCUACAUACUGGAAGGCUCGUGUUGGAGAACACAACUUAAAAGAGCGUGAUGAAAGCGAGAAGAAAAUCGCUAUCAGUCAAGUUUAUUACUAUCCAUGGUACCAUGGAUACGACAACGACAUAGCCAUGAUGAAACUUGCCGAACCAGUGCCUAGCAGUUCGAACAUCAAGCCCAUCUGCCUCCCAACUGAGACUGACAAUUUUGAAAAUCAGUGGUGUACAGCCAGUGGAUGGGGAAAGGUCGAUUUUACAUCGAAAGCUUCGGAAGACCUGAGAGCAGUAGCCAUUCAGGUGUUUGACAACAGCAAGUGCAAUAUUUAUACCACUCGAUUCCGCAUUCCUAUACAAGCCUGGCACUUGUGUGCAGGAACUAUGGAAGGUGGAAAAGGAACGUGCCAGGGUGAUUCCGGUGGUCCUUUAGCAUGUCAGACACCCAGAGGCUGGGUUCUUGCCGGACUCACUUCAUUCGGAUCCGGUUGUGCCAAGCGAGGAUUCCCGGAUGUCUACACAAGAGUGUCACACUUUUUGUCCUGGGUCAAGCAAAUACGCGGCUAUUAAAGCAUUCUAUCUACUUUUUGCAUUUUAUUUAUUUAUUCAUUCGGGAAUGGAUAUAGCUUACACUCGCAUUUUUCGAAGAGGGAAACUGCUGGUUGGUUCUCCUUGCUUGCUAAUGCCAAAAUGAAUGACCUGAAACGUGCCAUCAUUAUUUAAAGCAUUUGGAAUUCGUUUCUUUGAUUCGUUCUACAUUUUGAACUCUCCACUAAGAAUGGGAGAAGCUGAUGCUUGACGAAGGUGUAUUUCUUGUUGUCAAAUUGUAAUCUGAAAUGAAAUGCAAUAAAGAGUUUCUGAAAAUUGAAA